CGCGGAGCGAGCGCGUUAUUCCCGACAGGGAAAGGGAGCUGCUUUGUACAGCUGCCAGGACCCGCCGGGUGCUCCUCGUGGCUCCUCCCUCCUGCCGAUGGUCCACUUCCGUUCUGCUAAGAUGUCGGCCGCCAUAGCAGCGCUCGCUUCGUACGGCGUCUCGGACUCCGAUUCCGACUCGGAGGCGGAGGGCAGGCCCGGCCACUCGGCGGCUCCCGUCGCCGACGAGGAUGCGGUGCUGCACCUCGCCUCGUCUGCCCCGGCUCAGCAAGCGCUGCUGCCCGUCGUAGACUCGGCCCCGGCGGUGGCUGUCAAGGUAGGAGCUGCUCCGGAGUCGCCCGCCUGGGGCCCCGGGGCGGGUGGGGGGAAGGAAGCGCGGCCUCCUCGCCCGUACGUGGUCUGAGGAGGUCGCCCAGAAACGGCGGCUGCGGUGCUGGCACUCGCUCUCCCUCUCUCGCCCCGAGGUGAGUCCUUUCAUCCUGCUCCGAGCCUGGCAGCUUCUCCCCGGGGUAACCUACGCCGCGAAGGUUUCUCAUUGGCGCACGAGGGUUGGCGCCAGUUUUUCUAGAAGAAUUCCUCUGACUUCUAUGCAGGACGGGCAGAAAGUCAACAGGGAGAGCUUUCUCGCCGUGGAGGAAGAGUGCUGGCAGACGAGUUCUCGCCUCUUGGAAGCCUGCCUGUUCCUUUAAACUUUAAAGCUUAAGGCGGAGAGGGGACGUGGGGUUUACAAACUUAAGGCUCAAAAAUACUUGGGUGUUUUGACUGAGAGAGGGUAAGGUGGCCUAUUUGAUAUUCCUUAACGGGAAAGGGAUCUCUAAAAGGUAGUGUGUCAUAUUUUUGCACUGCUGCAUCUUGGUGUGACCCAUAUUUCAAACUUUUGCUAUGAAUAAACUUUGUUUAUAAACUUUGUUUAUGGGUUUCCCUUGCCCCUACUCAGAGUCUGAGUGGGGAAACCACCAUUGCCCAGUUAGGCACCUUGCAGUGGAGGGGCUUGAAAAGAAAACAUCACUUGUCUUUUCUGUUGAUUGGAUCCCAGUCUAAUUUUUGCUCUGCUCGAUUUUAAGGAACUAAGCUCAUACCAUUGAUACUUUGGUUAUGCUAGGCUCUAAUGCUAGGUGUGAUUCCACUCCCUUUAUACAUAAGGGGAGCUUACCUGCUUCAUUCUGUACAGCAGAGAUGGCUGACCUGUGACCCUGCAGGUGUUGCUCAGCUCCAGCUCCCAACAUCCCUGACUAGUUGCUGUGCUGGCUGGUGCCAAUAGAAGCUGGAGUCCAGCUACAUCUGGAUGGCAGAAGGUGAGACAGCCCUGUUGCCCAAUAUUCUUCACAUCUGGCUAGGAUCCAUUUAGGCUGAGUUUAUUAAUGCUUUCUCAUGUAUGUGAAACUUUAAGCUUAUUCUGUUGUAGUAGAACAGGCUAGACGUCUAUAAAUUGCUUCCUCCUGUUUCCACUUUAAUCAUCUAUACUUCACAGUAACCUCCAAUUCCGUGAGAUUAAAGACCAUUAAAACAACAAUAACCCUAUGAUGAUUGCAAUAGCUCUUGUUUGUGUUCCCCAGCAAUUGAUAUUCAGAGGCAGAGUGCUUCUUAUCCAUGAGGUAGUAUAUAGACAUCAUAUUGGCAGUUUGCUUUCAAUUCCUUUUGUAAUGAUCCUUAAUAUGGAAACAAAAUUAAAAAAAAUCUUCCAGUAGCACCUUAGAGACCAACUAAGUUUGUUAUUGGUAUGAGCUUUCGUGUGCAUGCACACUUCUUCAGAUACCUUAAUAUGGAAUUUGUCUUUUCUUAGCUGCCACACACUGGGUCUUCAUUUUCUCUGUACUACUCAUCGCAAUUCCAAAGUUCUCCUGAGAAUUGAAAUGCUAGUAGAGGGUGGACCAGGACUGGACAUGAAAUAAAACUGAGUGUGGUUAUUAGGCUGGGCUGUUAAGAUCUGGUCUCUUCUUCAUUCUCUCACCUCCCCAACAGAUGUGCUUUUCUUGUCUGUCUUAAUUAAUGGCAGGUCUUAAGCAAUGCUGCUGGUUGAACUAGCAGAUCAGGAGAGAAGCAAAAGACUCAACCUUUUCCUUUCUUCUCUCCCUCUGCCAUAGCUGCAUCGUUCUUCCAAAGUUCAGCAUUCAACCACUUGAGAGAAGGAAGUUAGUUGGCAGUCUUCCCAGAAGCAGUUUUGGAGAACGAGUUGCCCAAGCCCUUAUACAUUGUCCAGUAUCCAUCUGCAUAACCCUUUCCAUCUCUUUGUCAUGCCAGUGUGUGUCUAAAGCAGAUGGAACUCUUACAUCUAUGGCAAUAUAAUUAUUCAUGAAAUCAUGUAGCUGUUGUUAGGUUGUGGGAGUGAGGACUCCUUUUAGUCUUCCUGCUCUUGCUUAUCUCAGCCCUUUCUUUUACCCCCACUGUAGUCUACUAACUGCUCCAACAUCUUUUGUCUAGGUAAAAUCCUGUAAAGUUUCCUUUGGUGCUAGUUUUGAACAGUGUUCAGCAAUUUGGUGGUGGUUGUUUCCUACACAGUCAUAAUAAUUUAUCUUGUAAGCAUCAGUUAUAAAUUUUCACUGCCAAAAGGCAGCGAACAGCCAAGAAAUGUACAUAAGUAGUUCAAUCCUGUGUCCAACAGGAAAGGUACAUACGUUUUAGGAAGUAGAUAACUCUUGGGUUUAAAUUGCUUAACACUAAUGUUUGCUUCCGAUUCUGAAACUUGCAUAGAGGCAGAAGUCUGAUUUGCAAUUGUUAAUUCAUAGUAAGGAAGAUUUAUUAUGAGCAGUGUUGCAGUUGUUUAGGUUGUAUGAUUCUAAUUAAGUAAUGCAAGUUUUUUAAAGCUUUUUUAGUGUACUUCAUCAUCGUAAUAGAGAAUACUUUCCCAUUUUAAGAUUGUUAUACUGUAUUCAUGAUACUAAUCAGAGAGCAAUUUGGAAUAAUUCUUUUUGUUGCAGUGCAUUGAAUAAGAUCCCACAUAGUAGCUAUGGAUAUUUUUCAGUUAAAGUUUACUUAGAUACACUGAAAUUUAUUCAAUUUACUUAAGUUUGAUUAAUUUCAAUAGAUCUACUUUUAGAAAAACUGAGUUGACUGUCACCCUGUUUUUCUCAAGAAUGGCCCUAUUUGCACAUCUUGGGAAGAGCAUUGUUUAGCUUCAUGUGUGGCUUGCUUGGAGUGAAACAAACCAUAACUCCUAGUUUGGCUACAACACUAAGCCACAUGUCAUUGUUGCUUUCACUUGUGCUACCAGAAGGAUAAAUCGGGAGCUUCCUGCACAUUUACACUUAAGCAUUAGCUAUCGUUUGCUGUGACAUGUGAAUGUAGUCAUUACAUCUGUUUUGUUUGGUUGUCCUGUUUGCUUAUAUAUAUGUGUGCGUAUAUUGCUAUAUAGAUACAUUGUGUGUGUGUGUGUGUGUGUGUGUGUGCGCGUGCGCUAACACACACACAGAAAAUCCCUCCUAGAAUUGUAGCUGUCCAUGGGCAGGACCUGGUGUUUAUGUAGAAAUAAUAUGUUUGGUAGACUUUUCCAAACUCUGGCAUUGUUUGCAAAAGUAGAUUAAAAUAAAUUCUGAGGCUGUGUUAUUCUACACAUUAUUUUAAUGUUAAUACGUUUAAAAGUUUUUAUAAUACGUUUUUCAAAUUCUUACUGACUUUCUAUACAGCCAUUGUAGUAUCCAUGAAAAAUUCACUGACUUGAAAUGUGUUGAACUUAGAAAACAUUUCCAAUGUACCCCUUUUGUUGCUCCUACUAUGCUAUUACAUGCUGCAUCAGGUGUUUGACAAGAAGUUGUGGUAUAGCAUUCCAGAAAUUCACUUCUAAAUUCCCAUAUGACCACAGUUACACCAUAAAUUGAGUGUGAUGUUUUAUUUCGUUGUUUGAUUGUGAGUGUUGCUUAUUCUUUGAGGAAUUGCAUGCAUUUUUGUCAGCUUUAAUUCAACGGGAGAGUAGGAGUAGGUGUUUUGCCUGCAGGAGGGCCCAGUUCUGAGUCAGUCCAAAUUUUCUUCUAUGUAAUGAGUAUUGUGCAGUGCCGAUGACAUUUUCUUAGCUUUUAAAAUGUUCUCCUAGGCCCCAAAACUUUGGGGACCCCUGAAAAUAGAUAAACUCUUAAGCAAGUAGAUGUGUCAAGAGUUCUCUACAAUGUACUAAACAAUAGCUUUUUUUUUGAAGGCUAAAACCAAUACUAUAUAUUUCUUUCUCUGCCAUAAUUCAUUAAUAGAAUAACAUUACGUUGUGUAAUAUUCUUGGGCAAUGGUGGGCAAUCUGUGGUCCUCUGCAGGUAGCAAGAAAGCAAAGUUAAGAUUGUCACCAGCCCACACUUCCUUUCUCUCUUAAGAUUAUCACCGCCCACACUGUUCUUUCUCUCUGUGUCUUGAAAAUUCAGGAGAGAAAAAAAGGAGGGAGAGAAAUAGGGAGGAGUGAUGAUCAUUUUAAGAGAAAAACAGUGUGGGGGUGGUUCUGGCCACACUCUCAGUGGCAGCAUACAACCCCACUCCCUGCAAAGAGAUUACCUCCAAGAGGGUGCAUUUCUUGUAAAGAAAAAAAAAGCUCAUUCCUGUUCUAGUGGUUAUAUCAUUAAAAAAAAAUGGUUGCUGCACACCUCAGAUAUGGAGACCAAACAAGAAUCAAGCAGCCUGGUUUCAAAUGACAGUACUAGUUGCAAAGAUGUUGAUCUUGCAAAAAAGGAAUGCUCAAAAGGGGCAGAUACAGUUUUCUGAGUGUAAGGGUCAAGAAGUCAUGAUUAGACCAAUGAGAGUGGCUUAUAUAAAAAGAGAAAUCAAGAUAAAUUUGGAUGUCUGUGAUAGGGCUUCCUAAACCUCUUCUCAGAUUGAGGAGUGUGGAAUCUCUUAUUCCUUGGGGCAGCUGGAGGAUCUCAGAAAACAAUAAAACAUCCCCCCUUCUUUCAUUUUCCUAAUUAACAAUUAGAGAAAAUGAGUUAAGCAUCUUUUGUGAUUUGCAGGUUGGGGCUUCUGGGAGAGUGAAAAGAGUAUGUGGUCACUCUUUUCGAAGGUGCUGGAUGGGUAGAGGAAGAGACACUUUGCAUUUAUUGUGCUAAAUGGUUUGAAAUAAAAGUUCAGGCAAUAGUAGUUAACAUGGGAUAGCUCAAUUGGUAGAGCAUGAGACUCUUAAUCUCAGGGUCAUGGGUUCAACCCCCACGUUGAUAAAAAGGCUUUUGCAUUACAGGGGGUUGGACUAGAUGACUUUCAUCAUACCUUCCAAUUCUAUGGCUCCACUGUAUGUUUGCACUAAUCUCUGCCAGAAAUAGGGAUUUGCACUGAAGUACUCUCUUGGCGUUGCAAGCAUAGAAGUGGAUAUAUGGGAUUCCCUGCUUCCCUUCUUCAGUUGUCUAAACUACAGUGGUGCCUCGCAAGACGAAAUUAAUCCGUUCCGCGAGAGUCUUCGUCUAGCGGUUUUUUCGUCUUGCGAAGCAACCCUAUUAGCGGCUUAACGGAUUAGCGCUAUUAGCGGUUUAGCGGCUAUUAAAGGCUUAAAGGCUUAGGGGAUUAGCUGCUAAAAGGCUAUUAAAGGCUUAGCAGAUUAGAUAAAGGGGGGGAAAAGCGAAAAAAAAAUCUCAAGACUCGCAAGACAUUUUCGUCUUGCGAAGCAAGCCCAUAGGGGAAUUCGUCCUGCGAAGCAACUCCAAAACGGAAAACCCUUUCGUCUAGCGGUUUUUCCGUCUUGCGAGGCAUUCGUCUUGCAGGGCACCACUGUAUAAUGCAGCCUCAUUUUUCCAGUGAUAACUUUGUGCUGGGAAAAGGCCGUCCUCUAGUUCAUCGCCUGGUGCACAAGUGGCCCUCGUAGGUUCUGUUGUGCUUGUGAAUAUCUCUUAGCCACCUGCAAAGCUUCUGCAUUCUUCUCUUCUCUUCUCCCCUCCCUGCCCAUCUUCAGAGGUCUGAAGGGAGCAACAUCUGCAUUAGAAUCGUAGAAUCUUAGAGUUUAAAGGGACCCAAGGCUUACCUAGUCCAACCCCCUGCAAUGCAGGAAUCUCAUCUAACGCAUCCAUGACAGAUGGUCAUCCAACGUUUCCUUAAAAACCUCCAAAGGAGAAGAGUCCAUCAUCUCUCAUGGGAGUCUGUUCCCCACAUUGAAAAGUACUGAACUCUGUGAACUUUUCAAAGCAGAUCAGCAGCAAACAAAGCCGAAGGUGGAGAGACUGGGAGGGAAGGUAGGAAAGUACCUCAUACUAUACUACCCUUCUUCCAAGGAUCACAAGGCAGUCUACAAUAUAAAAACACAAAAAUACAUAGCAUAGUAACAAACAUCGCAAUGCACAAUAACCAAAAAAUGCCUUGUUAAAUUCCUGGUGAUUUCACAUAAUUUUAAUUAUGCAUAAAGUAUUUUAAUGUGAGUUGUGCUGGAAAGGAGAAGGGCCUUUCUUAUGCUGUCUUCCCUGCCGGAUUUGUGUGCAAUGAAAUCCAUGAGGGGCUCUGAUGUACCCAGCUAGGGAGACCAUUGCAUAGCAUGGGAUCACUAUGAAGGGUGGGGCAGAGUAGGACGUCAUCUCACAAUUUUAUGAGCAUGAAGAAGAGGAGUUUGGAUUUGAUAUCCCACUUUAUAACUACCCCAAGGAGUCUCAAAGUGGCUAACAAUCUCCUUUCCCCUUCCUCCCCCACAAAAACACUCUGUGAGGUGAGUGAGAGACUUCAGAGAAGUGUGACUAGCCCAAGGUCACCCAGCAGCUGCAUGUAGAGGAGCGGGGAAGCAAACCCUGUUCACCAGAUUACGAGUCCACCGCUCUUAACUACUACACCACAUGGCGAGAUACAUAUGUUAGAAGGUACUCCUUAGAGUACAAGGACCUGGAUCAUUUGCAUCUUUAGAGGUGACCACCAGCUAUUUGGAUUAGGAUUGAAAGCAAGCGGACAACACCUGGUGUCGGCCAAAAGUUGUGGACUGCAACUGCCAUCAGCCGCAGCCAGCAUGGCCAAUGGUCAGUUAUAGUCAGUCAACAUCUGGAGAGCACCACAUUGGCUGCCUUUGCUGUAGGGAGAAAGACUGCACCAUACUGCAUUAGCUGCAGCUUCUGAAUCAUCUUCAAAGGCAGUCCCACGUACCCAUUCAGUCAUUUUUCUCUUGAUUUAAAGCUUGAACAAUGCCUUCAAGGUGUUGUGUUUAUCUUUGAGAAUGGUAUGUAAUGAAAGAAGACAAAUCCAGCAGACAGCGCUUUCUAAUUUCACUUUUGUCAUAUUAAUGUUUAAUUAAAGAGCUGCAGUAUAUUCUUCAUGUUCCAUAAAUGCUGGAUUAUUCUGUCAGCCUGUUUUGACUUUUUCUGGUAUGUGUGAUUUUUUUUUAAAAAAACCUAAUGUUUAGAAAUGUGUGGUACAGAAGCAGGAAGAAUUUGCAAAGCAAGGAGUUAGAUAUAUGCAUGAGACCCCCAAAGAUGGCUAAAGAGACUAAUCUAUAAUAUGGCAAAUUUUUGGAGGUGUUACCCCGUGCAUGCUAGCCAUACAGUGUUGUAAAUAAUAUAUUGAAAGAAAUCCACGUUUGUGCUAAUUUCCCCUGCUCCUUUUUUAAUCUAUUGCAAAAUGAUCACUAUUCCACUUGAAAUUUUGGAAUGUACUCUUCCAAAAUCACACAUAGUGAUGUGACCUACACUUUCCCCCCUUCAAAGCAGUACCAAAGAGGUUGAAACAUCAUGGUUCUGAACAUAUUUCAGAGACAGAUCCAGAUAAACUUGUCUGGAUUAGCAGGAAGUCAUCUGUGCAAAAAAAUAGAUUUGCUUGUUGAAAAUGGUGAAUGCAGGGAGCCUUGUAAGUGAAAGCUGGAUUAAUACUACUGUGCUUCAAUUUCAAAGAUCCCAGGUUCAGAUAGAAUGGUGAAUGCAUUGUGUGGUUUUGAAGUUAGAAGUUGAGCUAACAGUACAAUAGAACUGGAAUAGCUAUAAUUGUCCUUGUGAGAAUUGUUCAUGUCACAGUCUGUUCUCUUAGUAAAAUAAUUUUAACAGGAAAGAGGAAUGAGAUAAAAUUAUGGAUUUGUGACAUUUCAGCAAGGAGAGAAUUUCAUAUGUUCCCUUAAUUAAAUGUGGGGUGCUUUUGAUUUCUGAAUCUACAUUAGUUACUGACAGCUAGAAUAGUUGCAUAAUUGUCUAGUUUCCUUAAUAGCAAAAAGUAUCCUCACUGUUACUCAAGAAUUAAUGCAUUUCAUGUAGUAGAAUUUGAGAUCCAUCAAAAUAGAUUUUAAUAUUUUUUUAAAGUAUGGUAGCCUCAAACCCAUAGCAUAGAAUUGGAGUGUGUGAACCACACAUGUCACAUAAUUGUACUACUCCAUACAAUUCUGUUGUGGUGUCUUCUGAAAAAAAUAACUGCUGUUAGUGUAACUCUUUCCAGUUAGAGUACGGGGUGCAAAGUGAAGGUUUGUGAAUAUACCAGGAGCUGUUGCCAUUAGAAGCAACUGAAUUGGGAAGAGGCUGCUUUGAAAAGAAUGAAGUCAGGCAGUGCAUCUACACCACCAUUGGAGCACACACUGUGGAAUGCUGUGUGUACAUCAUUUUUAAUAGGCAAAGUUAGUGAGACACACUUAUUGUUUUGGAUUGCAAGUCACUGAUUAGUUGAUGCAUUAUGCAAAGUAGCUCACUGAACUGGUGUCUUCUAUCUUUUGUAACCCUUUUGUUAAAGGACACAGGGAGGGCAUAUAGCCAUACCUCAUGUUGCGUUAGGUUCAUGUUGCAUCUUUUUGGCUUGUGAACGUGACAAACCCGGUAGUGUAUACUUCCGGGUUUUGCCCCGCACGUGUGCACAAAAGUGCUCUAUCGCACUUACGCAGAAGCGCCGCUUUAAUUGUGGACUUUUCGGGGUGCGAAUGGCACCCCGGAACGGAUCAUGUCUGCAACUAGACGUACUACUGUACUUUGGACUGUAGCUUUUUUUAACUGGCAAUAGUAGUAAAUUGAGGAAUAUAGGUACUUUAUAAUAUGCCUACUUUAUUUACUGAAAUAUUUAUAAGCCACAUUUUCAUAUAAGAUAUCACAAGGCAGUAUACAACCUUAAAACAUAGCAUUAUAGUAAAAGCAAUGGUUGGCAAUAGGGCUGGGCAACAUCGUAGUGUAUCGCCAGCCAAACAUCGCAGUUGGGCAGUAUACUGCAAUGUUGAUAAAACAAGAUGCAUUGGCCUCUGCCCGCAAGACAGUGCUAGCAGUGCCGCUGGAGGAAGGAACUGCUAGAAGACGUUGCUAGCAGAGAGACUCAGGAGCAGUGAUUACUGCUGCUGAACCUCUGUCAACAGGGCAGGGUCUGCCACACUAAAGACUCAGCCCCUAGUAGGUUAUUCAGAUUGUUUCAAACAGAAGCUGUCCCUAAUCUUGCUAUUCUCAACUGUAGAAAAGUCUGGUGCUUAAACCUCUGUACAGCUUGACCAUUUGUAAGCAAACUUCUUAUGAAGAGUUCUUUGAAAGCCACCAGCUUUAGCAAUAAUAUACAGUGCAUGAUAUUCUAUUUUGAAAGACGCAUUCUUUCCUCCUAUAGAGAGCUACACAAAAAAUACUGUCUGUCUUUCCCUGUAUCCUGCAAUUGGGGAGUGGGAACCUCUGGUCUGUGGGGCCUUUCCAUCCAGUCCACAGUUUAUCCUUCACCAGCCCUGUUCCAUCUGCCUCUGCUUCACAGUAAAUCGUUGCAAGCUGCUGCCGUUGCUUCCUGCUGCUGUAUUUUUCAUGCUGGACUCAGAGAAAUAUUUUCUUUCUUCUUCUUCGCCUAGCAUGGAAGGAAAUUGAGCUGCCAGUGGAGAAACAGAUCACUCUGUUUGGGUAUUAGCAGCCUGCGUUCCUUCUGUGCUGGCCUAAGGGAAAUAGAAACCUAUAACCCCACCCAGCAACAAGGAAAGAUGCAUAGAAAGAAAGUACAGUGGUACCUCAGGUUACAUAUGCUUCAGGUUACAUACGCUUCAGGUUACAGACUCCGCUAACCCAGAAAUAGUACCUUGGGUUAAGAACUUUGCUUCAGGAUGAGAACAGAAAUCGUGCUCCGACGGCGCGGCAGCAGCAGGAGGCCCCAUUAGCUAAAGUGGUCUUCAGGUUAAGAACAGUUUCAGGUUAAGAAUGCACCUCCCGAACGAAUUACCGUAUUUUUCGCUCUGUAAGACGCACCAGACCAUAAGACACACCUAGUUUUUGGAGAAGGAAAACAAGAAAAAAAAUAUUCUGAAUCCCAGAAGCCAGAACAGCAAGAGGGAUUGCUGCGCAGUGAAAGCAGCGAUCCCUCUUGCUGUUCUGGCUUCUGGGAUAGCUGCGCAGCCUGCAUUUGCUCCAUAAGACACACACACAUUUCCCCUUACUUUUUAGGAGGGAAAAAGUGAGUCUUAUAGAGCAAAAAAUAUGGUAAGUACGUAACCCGAGGUACCACUGUAAAUGAAUUGUGGUUGGGGGUGGAUAGAAGGAAAGCCUGUGGUGAGGGUGGGGUGGAUGAAAAGAGAGGAAAAAGUAUGGCAGAGACAAAGAAAAUGGGUGUUUUGCCCAUUUCUGCUUACUAUUGGUAAGUAGCCCUUCAACCACUGCUCCCCCAAGCCCUUGACCCAGGGGUUGGGAACCCUUUUCAGUCUAAGGACCACAUUCCCUUCUGACUGAGGGAGUGGGAUCUAACCUGGCCAGUGUCCGAAGGGCCAGAUAGGAAGGCCUGUAGUGUCACAUUUGGCACCCUGUUCUUAGGUUCCCACCACUGCCUCGACCACAUAUCCCAAGAGAAUGCAGCCUUUGGCUUUAAAAAGGCUCCCCAUACCAUCUCUAUUCCUGAGCAGACACGACACCUAAGCACGUUGUUUUUCCCUUUAAUUAACUAUGUUGCAUUUCAAUACCUUAAGCAUGGUCUGAAAACAUGGCAAUAUCAAAAUGCUCAUCUUGUGUUUCUUCUCACUCCGUUGUAAGUAUCAAGCCUGAUGGCUCUUUCCACUGAUGGGCUAGGCCUAGGCUAACCUAAUUUUCUCAAUUUGUGGUAUGUGUUGGUUCACUUCCACAUCUGAAUUGCACAUUUAGUUCUUGGUUUCACAGGUUGAGAAAGAUGCUGACAGUGGAAAACAGAUUUAGGGGAAAUUUACAGGGGCAAAAGCAGGUCCUUUGUGGAAAACUUGAGGCAUGUUCAGACUGGAGAAAACAAAUGUAUGCAGUCCAGAGAGUGACUUUAGUCUUACUCAACUGUGUGCAUGCACAGUGGCCUGCAGAUUCCUGUGCUUUAUGUUUCAAACAGCUUUGGCAACUCGCCUGCAUUUUAAAAGCAGGUUGCUAUGCAACAUGCAGGGACUGCAGUUCAAGGAACUUUACUCCAAAGUGCUGAUGGUCAUGGGGAAAUAGUCAUGCAAUUCUGUAGACUGUGGGCAAAAAGAAUAUUGGUCAGCAUCAACAAGAGCUCGCAACUAGUCCAGUGACUUUUUGACUACUGCUUUAGUAACAUAACCACCUUUGUCACAUGGCAAACUGUUCCUCUUUAAAUUCUAGCCAUUGGUAUAGUAUAACAUAUUGUCUAAAACACAAUAUAAGUGUGCUAUGCUGAAGGGAAAUAAUUCCUUUCAGCGGCAGCCACUAUUACCAUAUGGAGUCCUACACCAGAGGGCACAGGGGUUGCCACUGGGAGGAGGUAGCUUAAAAAAACCCCAUGUGCAAGCAGAACAUUGCAUACCUUGCUGUGGAACCCAAUGAUUUUGAACUACAUGGAGAUUUAAUGUUUGGGAAAAUGUCCUAGUUGAUAAAAGCAGUUAAGCAACUGAGUAAACUGUUUUGUGUGAUUGUGACAUUUCGUUCCUUGGUUACUUUUAAUGGGGGGGACAGAUUGUAUUUGUCAUUAAUAUUUUUUGUUAUAGGAUUUAACUUCUUGGGGAAAUAAGUUGGGGUAGCUGAUGCAUGGGGCCCCAUUUCCAUAUUAUACACUUUGAACUGAAUAGCUGAAAUUAAUAAAGGAGAGUAGCCUGGUAACAAGAAACAGACAAACAGGUAUAUUGUCACUAAUGCUAUGGUAACUUUGUGACAUGAAAAUAGUCAAAUUUUCAUUUAUAAGUUGUGAAUAUUCAUGUGGAUCAGUUGCUCAUAAAUGUAAUUGGACUGCAUUAUUACAUGAAUUGGAACAAGUAUGAGUUGGCUGUGUUGUGGUAGGUUUGGAAUUUGUGCAGAACGCAAUCCCCUUCAUGGCUGAUUUUGCAUUACAGUGGUACCUUGGUUCUCAAACUUAAUCCAUUCUGGAAGUCCGUUCCAAAACCAAAGCAUUCCAAAACCAAGGUGCGCUUUCCCAUAGAAAGUAAUGCAGAAUGGAUUAAUCCGUUCCAGACUUUUAAAAACAACCCCUAAAACAGCAAUUUAACAUGAAUGUUACUAUCUAACGAGACCAUUGAUCCAUAAAAUGAAAGCAAAAAACAAUGUACCCCAGUCACACAAUCAAUCAAUCAAUCAAUCAAUAGCUGAACUGGGUUCCACACAGUCACAAAAACAAAACAAAAAAGCACCACAAAAAGGCAAAAUAAAUAGCAAAAACAGACAGACCUCAGUAUAACACUCAAAAUGGAAAUGUGCAACUCAAAUCAGAAGCAUAACACUCAAAAUGGAAGUGUGGCACUCAAAAUGGAGCAUGUUCGACUUCCAAAAAAGUUUGCAAACCGGAACAUUUACUUCCAGAUUUGCAGUGUUUGGGUUCCAAGUUGUUUGAGUACUAUGACGUUUGAGAACCAAGGUUCCACUGUAAAAGACUGAAGGGGAGCUGUGGUGAGCUGUAUUGUCAGAAAAGGUAAAUGGGCAUUUCUAUAUUUGGAAGUAUAAGCAUUUUCUUAAUGUUUUUUUUUCUCCCCCACCCCAAGAAGUUAGUCUCAGCAAUUUAUCCACAGGAUACUUCCUCAGUGUGGGGACAGUACCACAUCAGAAGCAAAUGUGAUUAGCAUUUAGUGCUUCAGAGUUAAAAGUAAAAACAUGGUAUUAAUAGUAGUGAAUGUUGCCACUUGGUAGAAUCAGCUUAUUGCCUAUGAUGUGCUGUCAGAAAAUGGUUUUUAUUAAAAUACGAUUGAAUUUUCUAGGAAGAUGUGGAAACGGGAGUUCACCUUGAUCCAACUACAAAGGAAGUUCAGUUCAACCCAACCUAUGACACAAUGUUUGCACCUGAGGUAAGCAAACUAACUUUUGUUAAAAAUAUGAGUAAGUUGGAACAAUAUUGUCUAACUUUCUUCAAGGAAUACCCUGUGAACUAUUAAAUCAUUCCUGUUUAAAAAACAGUCCUUUUAAAUUAGGAAUAAUACUAAAUUCUACAGGCAUUUCUAUAAAUCUUGAUCUGAGGCCAAGCAAACUUGGCUUUCAUUUUGUAUAUGUAUACAUCAAAAUAUGUAAUGACAUUGUAUUUAAACUUUUAAAUUAAGUACUUGAAAUGUGGCAUAGGUAGUUUCUUCUCAUAAUAAAGCCAUAAUUUGCACACACAAAAGUAAAAUUUGCAGGGUAGUAAAUAAAAAAAAUUAGAAGUCAGAUGUCCUUGUGAACAUCUUUUUUAAAGUCAUCGUUUUUAAAUUUCUAUAAUGAGGCCACUUAAAGUUGCAAAUAGGUAUGUUCAUCAGGCAAAAAUCAUGGAAUUGCACACUCAGAGUUCAUUUUCAUGUUCGGUUGAAAUGCUUAGGAUAUAUCAUGUUCAGACCGGGGAAUAUUAGACGAGUAAAAGAAAACCAUGCAUUAUUCGCUGUUUAUAAUCUCCUAGCCAGGGGUUAUGUUGUUUUUUUCUUUCCCCCCCAUUUGUGGAAUCACACAGUUGGUGGGUAUACUGCAUCUAGCCUGCCUCCACCUCUCUCUCUCUCUCUCUCUCUCUCUCUCUCUCUCUCUGAUGAAUUGUCAUAUCUGUAUACACGAGCGUGCAAGUUAUUUCUACUAAAUGCUCAGACAAUUCAUAUGUUUCAUGAUUUGUCAGAUAGGAGGGUCACUUGUACCUCUCUGUAUCCCAAAGUAUCAUGUAUUCAAAUCAUGGGUACACUAAUCUGGCACCAUGUAAGAUCUGUGCUUUAUUAUUUUUGCAUGUUGUUUGUUUUUCUGAGUUUGCACAGUUUCAAAAAUAUACUGUAUUUUUCACCCUAUAGGACGCACUUUUUCCCCUCCAGAAAUGAAGGGGAAAUGUGUGUGCGUCCUAUGGGCCGAAUGCAGGCUUUCGCUGAAGCUUGGAGAGCGAGAGGGGUCCCCUCUCGCUCUCCAGGCUUCAGGAAGCUAUCUGCAAGCCCUGGGAGCCCGGUGGGAGUUCCCGCCGGGCUCCCUAGGCUUGCAGAGAGCUGCCUGUUCUGGGGGCUGGGGUCGGGGGAAAUAAUUUUUCCCCCUUUAUUCCCCCCCCCCAAAAAAAACUAGGUGUGCCCUAUAGGGCAAAAAAUACAGUAAUCUGGAUCUACCCUUAUCUACAUUAGCAGUAUUUAUCAUAGCUGCAGCUGAGAAUGCAGAAAGCAUUGUAGUAAGUUACCCUUUUAAGAAAUCUUCACAAAUGUUAAAAAGAAAUACGCUUUAAAUGAGUGUGCAUAAUAAAAUCUACUCCAGUACAGUGGGGGGGGGGGGAGGUUGGAAAAUAAUAUUUACUAUAUAAAAGCUGUCAAAUAAAUGAAGUAUAAAAACAAUUUAAUCUUGAAAUCAAAUAUUCCUCAUGGAAAAACACCUCUGGGGAAAUGCAACCAGUAUAAAAAUACAAUAUAGUUAGUUUUAAUACAUGCAGCUGUCAAAAUCUUGAAAUUGUUGCUGUCCAAAGCUGUAAGUUAUUUGUGUAAGCUUGAGGCAGUUUUCCUAGGUUUAGCCAAUCAGUAAGUGUAGUUUCCAUUCCCCAUGGAAAAGCUCAUCUGAAGCAAGGAUGUUAAUAUGUACACUAAUUUUCUGUUUAUUUAUUAUUUUAUAAAACUUAGUCACAGUUUAGGUUUAAAUACCGAUUAUGAAGUUUCAACCUGUAUUAAAAGCAUGAGAGUGUAUGGGAAUGCUUCAAUAAAUAGAAAUGGGUUUGAUCCUCUUAACCCUUGAGAAAUAGCAAACAAUGCAUGGAAGGAAUCUGAUUAGAUUUAGCAAAUGUGGCGCAACAUUACUUUUCUGAUGGCUGUGGACUUAUUCAUUAUUUUAGGUUCUCUGUGGGUUAUACUACACUUUACAGUAGCUGGUUUAUGGGGUGCCAGCAGUUGGACAGGUCAGGCAUUGUCCAAGGAUCCCAGGGGCUCCAAAUGGCUCUCACCUGGCCAGCCUGCUGGACCACACUCCCCACCUAGCCCCCAGAGCCAUUUCAGCGAUAACAGGCAGCGCUGCCAAGCUCAAUUCCCAUCCAUGGUGCCCACUUGCUCUGUUUAAUUACGGAAAACGUGCUAGCCACUCAUUUGUUUUGCUGGUCAACUUGUACGCAAAGGCUUUAAAACAGAAAACUAGUAGGAUGGAUCACAGUGGAUGUUGUCAUCAGGACAGCCUUCUCCAACCUAGUGUCUUCCACGUGUUUUGGAUUACAACUCCCAUCAUGCAUGAGCAUUGACCAUGCUGCCUGAGGCUGAUGGGAGUUGUAGUCCAGCAACAUUUGGAGGUCAUCAGGUUGGGGAAGACUGGAUUAGACUAGAGUUGUUGAGCCCUGGGUUAAAAAGCCCAGCUAGUUGUGCAUCUCACUGAGUGACCUUGGGCCAGCCAGUCACUACAUCUCAUGUUUGUUAAGGAUAAAAUGGGCAGGAAGAGAAUCACUUUUAUUCCCCUAAGAGCCUUAGAAGAAGAGCAGGAUGAAAAUGUUACAAAUGCAUGGAUACACAUAUGUAAGUAAAGAGUUGCGUGUGAAAUGGCCUUUAUUUUUAAUGCAGUUUGGGCCGGUGAAUCCAUUUAGGACUCAGCAGAUGGCUGCACCUAGGAAUAUGCUUUCUGGAUAUACAGAACCAGCACACAUUAAUGAUUUCAUGUUUGAACAACAGAGAAGAACAUUUGCAACCUAUGGUAAGGUGUAUUUUUAGAUAAUCCUCUUGUGAUCUUGAAUCUGCUACAUUUGUCUGUGGUUGACAUGGUCUGAUAGAGUUCAAAGGUUUUAAAUAUACUCUUAUUAGUUCUAAAUGUUAGCUAGUUCAGAUAAUUAGAAAAGGGAUCUGAUUAGGAGUGUAAUAUCGACAUGAUAUGUCCUAUACAAGGCCAUUGAUCUUUGUGCAUGGGUCAGUACACAGUCAAUAGUCGCUUGACGUCCUUGUCUCCAGUUUGGAGACCUAGAGGUAGCAUAUGCCAUAUCCCUGUUUCCACCAGAAUUGUCAGAAACUACAAAGCAUGCAGCUUUCAGUUAGCCAGGUAGCUUUAACGUCUCAGUCACUCUUUUAUUUGCUAAUGUUCUUUCCCCCCCAAUCUAAAUUUUAAUUGCAUGAACUCUGAGGUGGGAGUUCAUUAUUUAGCAUACAACACAGGCAGAAAUGUACUUGAGUCUAUAAGAUAGCUGAAGCUUCUUUUAAUUACUAUGUGCUAAAUGUAUGUUAAAGUAUGCCACAACUACUUAUUUGUAUUUAUAUUUGCUAUAUUAUAAUUUGGAUUUCUUUAUUUGUAUUUGUGGGCUAGAGGGUGGUUUAAGGGCUUUCGCUGGGGAGUGUAUUUUUUAUUAGCUUGUAUACAUUAGUAUUGUUAAUUGUUUUAAUUUUUAUUCUGUAUUUUGUGAACCACCCUGAGACCUACAAGUAUAGGGCAGUAUCCAGAAUUUAAAUAAUAGUAAUAGUAAUAAUUUCUACCUUCUAAUGUAAGUUGAGAGUGCUGUUGAGAUUGAACUGCACUUGCUCCAACAUAUGCAUCAUGGUGAGAUAAGUGUUUUGGUUAUUAUGUAUUUUCCUAAAAUAACUAAAUAAGUACAGAGCAUACUAUAUCUGCAAGACAUGCCUCCAAACUCUUGUCUCUUCAGAAGCUGCUUUGAUUCCUAGAACCAUUAAUGCAGUCCCUUUUCAUGCUGGUUCCCCUGGAAACUGCUAGGUUAUCCAGGAGUUAUGGUUACCCGAUCUGUUCCAAUUGUGAAAUGCUGCUAGAGAAAGUGGAGCAGUGCUGUUGUUAAUUCAAGUGGUAGUUAAUAUCAUGAAGAGUAUAGUAUAUUUUCUGAAUUUUGUGUGCUAUGAUUUCGAUCCUGACAUCCACUAGCAGCUUCUUUGAAAAAUGAAGCCUACUUAUAAGAGUAACUUGAAGGAAAUGUCAACUAGUGAAUGGUAUUUCACUAUUCAAUAGCCUUUGAGAUUAUUUUGUAGAUGUCCUCUGUAAGAGGAUCAGUGAAUAGGAAUUUCACAACAAUAGUGGUAGUGAACACAAGGGCAGCAAUUCUGAGAAGUACAUCUAAACAUUGUGCAAAAAGAUUGAAGUCUAAAAAGAUUCCCCGUGUCCAUUCCACAAGCCUCGUGUUGCUGCUUUAAGCAAUCCUAUAUGUCAGACAGUCAAUUGAUUGUGGCAAGUAGAGGGAGGAAGCAUCUUCAAGAAACCCCAAAAAAAUGGCUACGUAGAAAAAGGAAGACCCUGUCCUUUAUUCUUUAGAGAAUACUCAUUGAUGGGGCACAUGCUUGCAUGCAGAAUGUCCCAGGUACAGUUCCCAGCAUUUCUAGAUAGGGCGAGGAAAGUCAUUUGUCUGAAACCCUGAAGAACCACAGCUAGUUAGCGUAGCUAAUAUUGAGCUCGAUAGACAGACUUAUUUCUUUAUUUCAACAAUUUAUAUGCGGACUAAUUACAAUAAUCUCUAAGUAGUAUACAGGUGAUUUAGCACAGUAUAAUGAAGAUAAAAAUCAGUUAAAACUAUAAAAUCAGAACAGUUAAAAUGUCUGCUGAAAUAAUAACAAUAAAAGUCUUCAGUAGCUGCUGGGCAUCCAACCAGGAGGGACCUGUGCAAUCUCAGCUGGAAGAAUUGAGUCCAUAACAGCUUCUGGUGGAUCCAGGCUGUGCAUCUGAGCCAUGAGGAUCUGCUGAUAGUGACUCCCCAAAGAAUUCCGUGAUAAGGAACGGAUAUAAUGAAUCUGGUGGUCCUUAGGGUAUCCUGGACCCAAGCUGUUAAGGGCUUGGUAAAUUGAUACCAGAACCUUGAACCCAGCCUAUGGGCAGCCAGGGAAAGCUUUUAAGCACCAGAGUGGAAGCAAUUGUCUGUCCCUAUCAAUAGUCUAGCCACAGCUUUCUGCACCAGCUGGAGCCUCUGGUCCUGACUCAAACGUAGCCUUAGUCUUGGUAUAAGGCAGCCUCCGAUGUUCUGAGAGCAAUUUCCCAUUUUAAUUGAGAUUUUUCAAAUAAACAAAAAUUACAUAACAACAAACAAGACACAUAAGAGGGCAACCAUUUCUGAGCAGCAUCAGCUUUACAAAUAAUCCCAAAGCCAUUGGAAUCUGCUAAUCACUAAUGCCUAUUCCAAUAUGAUGUCUGAAAAUGGUUGUAAAUGAAAGUAGAAUGGAUAGCAAUCUGUGGAUAAUUUUUUUAUCUCCCACCCGCAUAUACUGUUUUGGAGAGCUCUCCAAAGAUAGCCCUUAAUGCACCAUUGCAAUGUCUAUAUAUAGGGGGAUAUGUGCAUGUUGCCUUGGAAUUAAAUGUUGGUGUGGUUUCAGUGUACUUUAUAAGAAGAAAAAUACUUUGCUUUUCUAUUGCAUCCAUGACAUGGUGAGCGAUUUCUCUCUGUAAAACCACAAUAAAAUAAUUUUCUAAAUACCAGGGUGCAGAGAAGGACAUAUUGUCUGUCUCCAAGAAUGCAAGCUUCUUUGCACAGGAAUGCACUUCAUGCCUAAAAUGUUGCUAGCAUAAGACAAAGGCACCAUUGUUCAGUUACAUCAGGCUAAUAAAAUACGCUAGGAUGUUGGCAGUAGGAACUAAUAAAUCUAAUUCAUCCAGAUACAAGGCUGUCUUCCAGGCUCAUCUUAGUGCUCCACCAUCACAGUGCUGGUAGCUGGUCAUAGUCCUUACGCUAACAUUAGGCACUAGAAUUUAUUUUCAGAGAAGCAAAAAAAGAACAAAGCCUCAAUUUUGCCCCAACUCUUGCAUUUUGUCUUUAAGUAGGUACAUUAUGUUUCAACCUAGAAAGAGCAUUAUAGUAUGUUUGACAUUAUUCACUCAUUCAGAACUUAUUCUUCACCAGCUAAAAUAUGGUUAUACCCAUUAUGCUUUGUCAAGGCCGUUGAAGUCCUUCGCUUUUAGGAAGGUAGCCAGUCAUUCCAUUCAAGAUCUUUGCUGUCAGGUUGCAGAGGAGCAUUUUAUUUUCAGGGGAUAUAUGGAAGGAGAGCGAUAUCUGGGAAUCAGAAGGGAGAGUAUUGUUCUUUUUCCAUACUCUGACCAGUAAUAAAACAUUUCUCUACUAUCCAUAAGCAAGAUUCUACCUGCUGCAUUAUUGAAGCAAGUUUCAUGCUGCCAGUGGAUUAUUCUACCCUGAGCUUGACCUUUGUGUGAAUAGACAAACUCUGUGGUUUCAUUUGGAAGGGAGCCAUUCAGCUGCCUUUUGUCAGCAUGCAUGCUGGCCAGUGGCACUGCGGAUAAUUCCAUCUUGCAGUGAUAGCAUUUAUAGACCGGAUGUCACUGAAACAAAUAGUAUUUAUUAGCAGCCACAUGCUUGUGUUGACCACAUCACUUUCAUUGUGUUUUAUGUCAAAUAGGAAGGAAGGAAAGGAUCCUUCUUGGUCAAUCUUGUGUUUUUGGACUGUGCUUUUAGACAACUUGCCAUUUGCUUGUAACCUCCCAAAGGCAAUUUAAUGCUUGUGUCCUUACCACGGCUGAGUCAGUUCUGUUGCCACAGAGAAGGUAGGGAAGAGAAGGCAGCGCAGUCUCACAAAUGUCUCCUUCUUUUUAAAGACUAAAACCAUACAGUGUUCAUCUUUCAUUUUAUUCUCAGUGACUGGGGAAGGUGAACCGCAUGUGGGCCUGUUUAUUUGUAAUUGGGUUGGGGGGAGUUAAGUCAAAGGUUCUAUGCAGAGACCAGUUACAUAAAAAGAGGUCUGUUUUUAAAACAGCAGGUUUCUCCUUACAGCUGCAUUUGGAAGUCUCUGUCAGAAAAAAAAGAUAGGAAUCUCUUUCACAUUCUCAGCAUAAAGUAGGAGUUGUUCAAAGUCCUUUUCAUAAGGAAAAGAUGCUGAAUGAAAUGCAGGCAGGCUAUAGAGAACACAGCUCCCGCUGAAGAUUAAAUCUCACCCAGUGGCUCCAUUCACGAUCACUCGGCUUGAGGGAGCAAACAAAUAGUCCCAGAAAUGGCAUCAAUACAGUGAGAGGACAAAUAAACUGCUGUAUUGAUUUUGACAUACAUCCAAAUUGGCAUUUCUGCCUUAAAUAAGAACUGUGAAGUUGAGUCUAACUGAGAAAUUGGCUCGUUGGCCCCACGCAAAGACCUCACUCAGCAUAAAACUGGGUUCUAUAAUGCUUGGCUUAUUUAUGUGGAAUUCUCAUCAGAAUAGUAAAAUCCAGACAAUUUUCAUUUACAAUGGUCAUCCUUGCAAAUUGUUCAUGAAAUCCCACCUCACCAGCUAGGUUCUGGCAAUUGACCAGACUCUGGGUUGGAUUGGAGAGUUGCUACUUUCAUUUGGCAAGCAGAUUGCACUCUAAAACUAUUAUUCAGUGUAGGUUUGUUAAGCUGGAAACUUUACUAUGUUUAUUCAGUUAAUUAUAUUUGUAUGCUGCCUUUUGACAGGGUCAUUAAGGUUGUUAAUAUCUGCCACUUUGAGUCAGGGUACUGUAAGCUCAGGGUGUGCAAAUCUCUGUUCUUAUGAACAAGUUAACAUUGUAUUUCAUUGGUUGUAGCAGAUUCAAGAACAGUCUGCUACGUUCAGCUUUGAUAAACAGACUGAGAAUUUUGUUUAAACAGUUCAUUCUUUGCUGAAAGCAAAGUGAUCCCGUCUUCUAUAGCAGAUGAUCCAUGACUAGUAGCUGUCAUAUUAAUAUACUGGCACCUAGUAAUAGAUACUUUUGGUUGAGGCCUGCCACAUCACCCAAGUUAUUAUUGGCCUACUUUCUGUCUUUAUCUGAAUUAAGAUAGUAUUGACUAUAAACUAUGAAGCUAUUCUCAUGUAUCCACCAUGUGAAAGGGUUGCUAGCAUGGCAGGCACAGGGGCACGUGUCCCUACAGAGGCCUUCUCUGGCAUCCAGAAGGUCCCCUUCCCUUGGUGAAAUCAGGUUUGAAAGAAGCACACUUUUGUAUUCUGGGUUCAAACAACAUGCUAAGCUGAAUGAUGACUUAGUUCAGUGCAACAGCAAAAUGGCCAGGGAGGAGCAAAGCGGUCACAAUUGCCUCUCCAGAAAGCUGCAUGUCUGUUCCUUUGUGCUAAGCUGUGCUUUGGCUUCACUAUGAUGGAUGUGUCCUCAGGGUAAAGGUCUUCUGAGAGUUGGUAGCUGAAAUUGGAGCUCUGCCAAUAAAAAUAUUCCACAAGAGGUGAAUCUUAAAAUGUUAUGGUUUUGUCCUUCCACAGGAUAUGCUUUGGAUCCCUCAAUAGAUAAUUAUGAAGUUCCUACUAAAUAUAUUGGUUCUGUUGAAGAAGCUGAAAAGAAUCAAGGUAAAGAAUAUUUGUUAUAGCGUCGCCUAAUUACAAAGUUCAAUCAGUUGUGUGUGUGUGCAUUAACAAAAUGUUUAAAAUAAAUUGUUAUUAAUGGAUGAAAUAGUAGUUUACUUAAGUAGGGAGGUGCUUUUAAGUGACUGAUAUUGGACAUACAAAGGGACUGCUUCUGGAACAUAGCAGAAGUCAGGCAUAGUGUGUAAAGAACUUUGUGUAUCUCAACUUCUUGACAAAAUGCUAACAAGAUUUGCAUCUUAUAUGUUUCUUCAUUGGAGAGUGCAGAAGGCGGCAAUAGGUCAGUUGCCGAUGAAGGCACAACUCUCUAGAAAGGCUAAUAAAAUAUAGCGUAUCGAGAGCUGAUUGGUUUAUCAUCUUGUGAUUUUACAGCUGCCAUUCACUUUGCAUGCAGUGCUUGUUUCUUGUUUGACAGAUCAUUUGAAGAUGCAUGUCCAAGGCCAACAAUUGCACACAAAAGCCUCAAUUUACCCUAAUCUAGUACAUUCUUUCUUUUCUGACAACACUGAAAUGAUUCAAGUGGAAUGUGGAAGAAUACAUUGUCGUUCUUAAAGUGAACCUAGACUUAAACUUCUGCUACUGCCUACAGGUCUGACUGUGUUUGAAACAGGACAAAAGAAAACGGAGAAACGGAAGAAAUUCAAAGAGAAUGAUGCAUCUAACAUUGAUGGCUUCUUGGGACCGUGGGCAAAAUAUGUUGAUGAAAAGGAUGUUGCAAAACCUUCAGAAGUGAGCACCCCUUGUUUAUUCUUCGAAGUAGAAUAGUAGUGGUGAUGCUUAGUCUGGGAUCCCAUGUGUGGUCAUAGGGGAGUUCCUCACACCUUGCAGCAGGGUGCCUGGCUUUCCCUUCCAGCUCCAUCUGCUUUUAUUGCAUUGAAUGCUGCCCUGAGAGUCCCCUGAGCUUCUGGUAACUCUGAGGAUGGGACACGGAGGGCUGAAGUGGGAGGGGUCUUGAAAAGUUCCCGUUGUCAGAAUUAGUGUAGGUUUAUUUGGGCAAUCUUUCUGAAGGCACAGCAAGUGACAGGAGAUGCCAGGGCUGCACACCAGUGGUGGGUGGGAGCUGGAGCCAAUAGUGGGCCCAAAGCAAGAAGUGGCCAGUGCAGAGUUAACUGUGUCUACCCACCAUGUUGGGCUGAAUUCUUUUAUAUUGUACAUGUGCAUCUCUGCUGUUCCUUCUUGGCCAUUUGUGUGCUUUCUAUUGCUCCCUUCCAUUCAGAAACUGCUUCUUGAAGCAGCAGCAAGGUUGAUCUCUUCUCCAUUGGGUGCUUGUCCCCCUAGCAACAUUUGCCCCCUUCUCUCCCUGUCUCAAUAUUGGGUGCCUUUCUCAGGAGGCUUUUGUUCUGUGUCAGGAUUUUCCUUCUGCCUGACUUAGUUCUUAACGAGAGGAAUCUGACACUGCCAUAAAGGGAAGCUAUUAGGCAUGGUGUCGGAGGCUUAGAGACCCAACCAUAGAGCUCAGUGGCUAGAGCAGCAUCUUUUGAAGUGGGUUUCUAAGUGCCAUGCUUUUUGACUCAGUCUCUGAGCUCACACAUAUGCCCUGACUAUCUUCACUGUGGUGGCAGGUGAUCAGAGUGAUUUCUGCGUGAAGGUAUGGUACAUGCCACUGUGUCCAGUCCCAGAUAUAGUAAAACAUUGGAUUUGUCCAUUGAUUUUUGUAGGCAUUUAUCACUUUCAUCUCAGUGGUGCUACUUAAAAUUAACAUCUUGCUGUAAGCCAAUACAGCAACUUUGGAGUUGUGUAUGGCUGUUGCUGUUUGACUAUAUAAGCAAUGAAUUGAAUCAGAAUUGGGAAACAUGUUUAGAAUUUAUUUUGUGAAAACUUGUUUCUAAACUGAAUAGUUUACUGACCUUUUGUUUAACAUGCUUUUUCGACCUUCCCCCCCCUAAAUAGCAUUAAAAUUGGAAACUUUAAGUGAAUUCAGUGAAAAUAUUCUAGAUUUUGUUGUAAAAACAAGACUGGUAAUUUUUAAUGUUUGGGCUACUUAGGAAGAACAGAGGGAACUGGAUGAAAUAACAGCAAAGAGACAAAAGAAAGGCAAACAUGAAGAUGAUAAGCCUGGAGAAGAAAAGACUAUUUUGCAUGGUAAGUGCUUUCUUUAGCAGCUGAUUUGCAUUUCCUGCAUCUACUUUCAAACACUUGUUUAUCAGGAAUAAUGUAUGUUGUCAUUUAUUUGCUAUGUUAGUUCUUCUUGCAGCGUACCAUGUAGGAAGAAACGAUCUCUUAAAGAAAACAUGGUGCCAGAGACACAAGGGGGAUUUCAGUAAGGAAGAAACUUAGAAACAGCCUGGUUUUGUUGUUUCUGGUAACACCGGAAAGAAUUUCAAGAUGUGGUUAAAUUUAGCUUGUGGGCAGAUUGUAUUAUUGGGAACACUGUGGAAAUGUCAUUUGCUUGUAUAUUCAUCUCAAAUGUCAGUUCCUUGUAUUUUAAUUUGGCAGCCUCCUUUUCUUGGCUGUCAUUUGUACCACAUCAAACUUAAUCGUUUGAAUCUUUACUUUUGUCAACUUUUAGAUCAUUACAUAUUGAUCUUGCCUCAUUUUUGACGAUAUAGGAAUGUAGGCUUCAUUGUUGACUAUAAAGGCUUGAAAUUGUCAUUUUUUAUUUUGCUGCUGAUGUGGAAGCAAUUCAUAGGAUUAUGGAGAAAAGUCUUUUUUGUUCCCCACUUCUACAUAAUGCAUUUUCUUAACCUAAUGUUUUGCUCCUCUCUUUGUCACAUCUCUCCUGAGAUUCACACAUGUGGCAGGACUUCAUUCACAUCUCCUUUUUUAUAGAACCCUCUUGCCCAUCACCACAAAUGCAAUGAUAAUUUGCAAGUUAACUUUGAAAUUUGAAGUUACAUGCAGUGUUUUAAUGUACACUUCACUGCUUGGUGCCUUCGUCAAAGAUUGCAAGGGGUGUGCAGAAAUUGCAAACAGGAUUUCUGAAUUGUUUCUCAUUGGAUUUUCAUAAACCAAUAAAAAAACCCCUAACAUUGCAGAUAAAUCAUUUUUGAUGUUUCUUGAUACAGAGCUGGGUAUUUUAAACAUAAAUAUUAUACAGCGUUGGGUAUAGCAUUUUAGCCUAUGGAGAUUUAAAUUGUUACCUAAGAGGCAUGAAAAAGCCAGCUAGAAUAAAGUAUUUAAGAUCAUGAAUGUGUGUAUCUGGUCAGGAGAAGUUAGUUUUUGAGCCGUGUAGUUAGUAGAUUAUUCAUUUUAAUCACUGUUGUGUCCUAAAACUGAUUUCAUCCAUGUCAUAUUUGAGGGAGACUGUAAAUCUGCAUGUUCUAAUUUUGUUUUGUUUAUUUUGCAGUCAAAGACAUGUAUGACUAUCAAGGGAGAUCCUAUCUUCAUGUUCCUCAGGAUGUUGGGGUUAACCUACGUUCAACAGUACCCCCUGAGAAAUGCUACCUUCCUAAGAAACAGAUCCAUGUAUGGUCUGGUCAUACAAAGGUAAGAGACAAUUAAAAUAUUAAGUUUUCUUGGUUUCAUAAUUAUGGGCCCAGCAUCAUUUUUUUUUUCAAUUUCAAAAAUUGCCCUUGCACAAACAUAUUUCAUGUGCCAGCUUGUAUUCAUUCAGUACUUGGCGAUCCUAUAUAGGUGGAGACACCUGUGGGUAGAUUCAGCUGCCCAGUUCUCUUAGCAGAAGCCAGCACAAGGACUACUAGCACAGCUGAACUUCCCCCCUCUGCCACCUCCAAAUCCUCUCUGGUGGGUAGGGAGAACAACCAGAAUAUGGGGUGAGAAGGAGAAAUAGGAGGUUGAAUGUCCAAAGUCUUCCAAAUGCAGCACUGUAUGGUUGCUCAGCCAGUUGCUAAACUUGCCAAAUCAUUUCCUUUGCCACUAGGUAAGGUUCCUCUGCAGUGGAGGCAGGAGUGGACUCUGCAUUAUCCCAAUUCUCACCCAUAGUUUAGACCGGUGUCAUUAGGUGCACAAUAGUGUUCAUUUGCUAAUGGUGUGUGAAAACCUUAUUACUAUAUUCGGAACUAUGAAUAUUUAAUUUCACACUCUAUAUAGGCCAUCAUUCUUUCACCAUUAAGCCAUGAUACAAGCACGCAAAUCCCCUGAGAUGCAAUUCUCUCAGCCAGUUAGUCUCCUAACUAAUAAUUCCCUAUCAUGGGUCCCUGUUAGUGAACUAAACUGGCUUUGAGAAAUGUGUUUCCUUAUUCAUACAGAGGUUAUUUAUAUAUUUUGCACCGGUAGUCCUCGCUGUACAUUUUGUAGAAUUACAAGUGUGUUUCUGUGAUUUUAUGUUGCUAAUCUUUGAGACUUUCUUGGGGAGCUUAUACAAAUUCAGAUGCCUACUUGGAGAUGGUAGGAAUGGAAUGGCAGAAAUUAUUCCUCAAACUUUAGCACAUAUAGCUGUCAUUUAGAUGCAAUAUGCUUAACUUGAAUCCAUCAGGGCCCCCAAAGCCAAAGACAUGGGCAAAUCUGCAAAACUUUGAUUCAGUUAGAUUUGGAGUGCCUGCUUAGUAGCUACUCCCAGGCUUUUUCUAUAUGUCAUAUGAAGCUAUGGGCCUGAGUCAACUAAGUCGUUGCGCUGGCGGAAGCCAGUGCAAUGAGUCCCAAUAGUGCAACAGAACUACCCCCAAUGUGUGUCCCCUGUUGUUGUUUAGUCGUUUAGUCGUGUCCGACUCCUCGUGACCCCAUGGACCAGAGCACACCAGGCACUCCUGUCUUCCACUGCCUCCCGCAGUUUGGUCAAACACAUGUUGGUAGCUUUGAGAACACUGUCCAACCACUCGUCCUCUGUCCCCUACUCCUUGUGCCCUCAAUCUUUCCCCUGUACCAUCCCCAAAUUGGGUUGGGAGAACCCCAAGAACCAUGCAUGGGGUGAGGGUAGGAGGGGGGAAUUCCACUGAUAAAGCUGUACUCUUAAAAACAACAGCAACAACCAGAGCCUUUUAUUCAGUGGUGAGAAUAAAAAUUGGGUGAGAAUAAAAAUCAGCAUGAUUUCAAAACAUUGAUAAUGUUUUGAAAAGGAACCCAUUUUCCAAACACACAGUACAUGUUUCUUCGUUAAGAGAUUUUGGUGGGCACCAGUGCAACUUGUGCUACUUACUCUAUUCAGUAGUAUCAAGAUAGCGACCUGUUGAAUCAGCAAACGGAAUUGUUGCUGUGCCAACAGCUAAGUUAGUGGCAUUGGCAGCCACCCUUUAACAAUGAAUGUCUCCUAUAGGAUCAAAUAUAAACAUGUUUGGAAAGAAAAGAAAAAUAUUUGUAGCUAUUUCAUAGUUGUUUUUAUUUAUAAGGGAGUCAGCGCUGUCAGACUGUUUCCUCUUUCUGGCCACUUGCUGUUGUCUUCUUCCAUGGACUGUAAAAUUAAGGUGAGUACCUUCAGAAAGUACACUUAUUGCUGCCUACAGAUGGUUAAAUUCACAUCAAAAGUAUUGGGAUAUGCCUCCCCUUUAACACUCAUGUCAAGGCAAAUUCAGUUGUUGCCUUUUUGUUACGCUAAAGUAAUAGGUCAGGUUCAUAAUGGAACCUUCUGUUUAUCAUGAAACAAAUACAGUGACUCUUUAAUCACUGUAAAGCAACAACAAGACUACAGCAAUAUAUACCAAGCAGGGUGCCGUACAAACUUUUUGUGUGGGGAGGCGAAUCUCCUUGGUCAGUGGCUUUAACUUAGCCUGCAGAGGUCAAGUCAUAUGUUCUGGUAACCUUUACUAUUUCUUUCUGUUUCCUUCAAUAAUGAGGACUUCAAAUAGAUGUCUGAAAUCUGUUCAGCUACUCUGCACUGACACCUUGCUCAAAACAGGCAGCAAUUCAUCUCUAUAAGUGAGGGAAAGAAAUGCACACCUGCCUCUCCAUAAAGCAGAUGCCUUCGUGCAUAACAGCCCAGUUUUGUGCUGUUUCUACUUUUAAAAAAUUCCUGAAAGGGGGCUGCAAAAAAAUGGGCUGUCAGGCAUGCAAACCUUUGCAUGGAAGAUGCACCUCACAUGUUACUGUUUGUGUUUGAACUCGAAAGUGGAUUGCUACUCAAAGUAUGUGGUACAGGCUAUGCUUUUCCAAAACUGCUGUUAAUUGAGACAGCAUGUAGUAGUUCUCUUAUGUCCCAGUCCACCACGCUAGCCACUACAUUACACUGCUUUUCUCUCUUUAGGGAUGCAAUAUUUAUUCAAUUUAUCUUAAUUUCUUUUGAUCAGUGGAAAAUGUGACCCUGUUUUUUAAAAAGUGUAUAAGUGUUCUCUACUGCCUUGCCGGAUAUUGUCGAGAGAAGAAAGUGCUAAGGAGUAAACCCUACACAAAUCAGGAGUGGAGUCCUUAAGAUGGUAGGAUGGUGCCUUGUACGCCUCCUUCCAGCCACUCCUGCAUCCAAGCUGGUGCCAAAUGUAUUGCUCUGCUUUCCUUUGGACCACAUGAGUGAGGCUGAGAGAGGGGUCUCGUCCAUCUGGGCAGCCCAGGACCCCCAUACACACCACCCAGGGUUACGCCCUGCGAGGUCACCUUGGUGCUGUAAACGCAGCAGUUUGUUUCUCAAGACAGGAGGAUGCCAACAAUACAAUAUGUAGUAAGACAUGGGGGGGGGGGAGAGGUACACGUGGCAAUGCAGCUGCACUUUCCUUCUCCAUUGCUGCUGCCACACUUCCCUUGUUUGUUGAUACGCAGUUCCAAGAAGUAGCUCUGUGAACAUCCUAUGAAUCAGCAAGUUCUCUUGGUAUAACAUUUUUCAAAUCACACAGUUAAUUACAUUUUGUACCUGUUUUGUUAUAUUAUGGGAAUUACUUUUAAAAAAACCAUAGCUUUUCAUUCAGCAGGUGUUAUAAAGCUUUUUUAACCAAGAAAGAAUGUUAACAGUACUGGAUUUGAAAUAGUGUAAAUGUAUGUUUUCUUAGGAACACGGGUGGCACUGUGGGUUAAACCACAGAGCCUAGGACUUGCUGAUCAGAAGGUUGACGGUUUGAAUCCCCGCAAUGGGGAUGGCUCCUGUUGCUCGGUCCCUGCUCCUGCCAACCUAGCAGUUCAAAAGCACCUCAAAGUGCAAGUAGAUAAAUAGGUACCACUCCGGCGGGAAGGUAAACGGCGUUUCCAUUCGCUGCUCUGGUUCGCCAGAAGCAGCUUAGUCAUGCUGGCCACAUGACCCGGAAGCUGUACGCCGGCUCCCUCGGCCAAUAAAGUGAGAUGAGCGCCGCAUCCCCAGAGUCGGUCACAACUGGACCUAAUGGUCAGGUCCCCUUUACCCUUUACCUAUGUUUUUCUUGUUGAUUUUGUUUUGUUUUGUUGAAUUGCUUCAAGAAAUUUUAUGGGAAGCAAUUCAUAAAUGAGGCAAAAAUAAGAUGGGCUUAAUUUAAAAUAGUAAGUUGUGUGCAUUAGCUGUUCUACUUGCAUUUUGUGUCUUCCUUAAACCAUAUUGUAAAAUGUAUUUUCCACCCACCAGCUCUGGGAAGUAUAUGGUGAACGAAGAUGCUUAAGAACUUUCAUUGGUAAUAUUUUUAAUUUUUAAAAAAAAUAAUAAUCAGCUUUUUAAUAAAUGCUAAUUGUGUCAGAUUCCAGUUGUGUGCUGCCUUUAGCAAUAUGUCCAAAUAUUAAUGUGUGCCUCAAGGGAAUAAUUAGAAGUGAUGGAUGCUAAGAAAAUAAUUAUUGAGCAUGGUAGUUCAAAAUUCUCCCUGCGGUACAAUUCAUUCAUGUGUGGUACAUAGCUAAACACACGUUUAUCCCAAGUAAAGCAAUUGGGUGGUACCAGAGGGGAGGGCAAGGGAAGCUCCCACCCCAACAAAUAGCUUAUCCCCCCCCCCCCGCCCGGAUCUUCAGGGCUGCUUGUUUUUAGAAUGGGGUCAUUAACAUGAAAUAUAUGUAUUUUUGCUCAGCAUCUCUUUCCACUUACAUUUUAAAAACUACGGUUCACGUGAAGUAGCUUAAGGACACCCUGAUCCUAGUGAGGGGGUGGUGCACAGGUGGAUCUGGGCCUCCCUGUGCGCAGCCACUGUUGAAUUGAGAACUGCAUGCGCAAAAAGGUGCUGUAUCCCUAGUUUCCAGUGUUGGAUUGAGAACCACAGUCACAGCACUUGAGCCCAAAUGGUUUGUGCUCUUAAUUAGAUAGAAUAGCUUGCUUUUAAGGGGAAGCAGGGGCAAUGGAGAUGGGAGGACUGAAUAGAGGGGGAGAUAAAAAGUGCAUGAGCCAUAUUGCAAAUCACAGACACUGCACGUCCAACAACUGCCCUAGUACCGAAAAGAAAAACAUCUGGUACCCUUUCCUACUAAUACUAUAUAUAUUUGUCCUGCAGGGCACAGUAAAGCUGUUAGAGAUAUAUGCUUUAACAAUGCUGGGACUCAGUUUCUCAGUGCUGCAUAUGAUCGGUAUCUUAAACUCUGGGACACGGAGACAGGUAGGCGAAUGCUUGUUAUGUUUCCUCUUCUGAUACCUGUAUUUUUGUGAAUGACAAAUACAACUGUUAAAAGUGCAACAGGGUGGCAGGAGCGCAGAUCCCUCUACAGCAUUAUUGUCUUAGAAUAGCUUUGCUUUUUGGAUGCAUUUAAACCGUUCUGGAAAAUGGUUGGUUCAAAAGUGAAUAAGGGUGUAUUUAUGAAAUAGGAUAAGGAAACAUAGCUCAGUGAUAGAACAUCUUGACACUCUGGCAUUUUCAGGGCGGGCUAGGAAACACCAUUGUCUGAAUCCUGGGGAGUUCACUGCCAAUCAGGACCACUGUGAACAAUCUUGAGUUAGAUGAACCAGUGGUUUGAGGGUAACUGCCUAUAUUUCUGUACUCCAGAAAUUACAGUUGUUGGCAAAACCAGGUUUGUUGCUUUGUAUUGCAUGAAAUGGCCAUCAAUGGAUUGGGUUUGGUAAUCUGGAUUUAAGGCAAAUGGCACUCCCUUCAGAAAUACAGGUUGAGGCUUAUUUUAUUAUGUGCAAAAUUGUCAUCCCACCAUACAACCCAACAGCUACAACAGAAAACGAAGAAGCUGGGUAUGUGAAUCUCUUCCUCUUCAUUGAUCUGUUUCCCCUCCCACCCCCUCUCUAGGACAGUGUAUUUCAAGAUUCACAAACAGGAAAGUUCCCUACUGUGUCAAAUUCAAUCCAGAUGAAGAUAAGCAAAAUCUUUUUGUAGCAGGAAUGUCAGAUAAGAAAAUUGUACAGGUAAGUUAGAAAAUUCAGAGUAUUUGGUAAAGAUCAUGCAGAAACAAUUUGAAGAUCAAACCAAUUGACUAUUUAACCAGAAUUCUUUUCGUAUUGUUGCAGUAAUAAUAGGCUAUUUCUGUUACAAAAUACUUGGUUUUUUAAAAUGGAUCAUUUUCUUCACCAUUUUUAAGGAGUUGUUUGGAUUUGUCUUGCAGUGGGAUAUUCGAAGUGGAGAAAUUGUUCAGGAAUAUGAUAGGCAUUUGGGUGCUGUUAACACCAUUGUUUUCGUGGAUGAGAAUAGAAGAUUUGUGAGUACAUCUGACGACAAGAGUUUAAGAGUCUGGGAAUGGUAAGUAAAAAAACUGUGUCUUGACUUUUUUAUUAGAGAGGAAGAAAAUAUAGUUUGAGUAGUGAAUGUAUUCUCUUUAUACUUUCCCCCUCAAUAUAGCCAUGAUGCCCACUGGUUGCAGAACUUUAGACUUCUUUCCUGUGAGUCUACCCCAUCCAGAAUGUUUAGUAAAUUCUCGACUUGGUUUUGCAAUUUAUGCUGUAGAAUCUAAAUUUUAGGACCUAGAGUCACAGGUCUCCUCCCCUUCUCUGGAAUUAAUGAUGCUGAGAUGUAGCAUACAAUGACAUGGCCUGAUUCCUAAACCUUGGUUAGCUUGCAUCUCUGUACCAGCCUUGAGAUAAAACUUAGGAGGGACCGCAGUUUACUCCACAUUUAAAGGGGAUGUUGUCAAAGAAACAAUGGGCAAAUAUGGCAAAGAAAGGAGUAUGUUUUCCAGUGUUGUGUCAAAUCGUGGGUUAUUCAAGAAAGGAUGCCAAGACACAAACAUUUUACUUUCAGGUCAGAGACUGGAGUUAUCAGAAUGAAGACAUACUUUUAGUCAGCUUUCUUUCUUUCUUUCUUUCUUUCUUUCUUUCUUUCUUUCUUUUUAAAUGGAACCAUUGCAAUAAAAUUAUUUGUUUGGGCUUUGGUUAGUUAUUGACUCUGGGGAAAGAGCACCACCUACUGGCUUUACCAGUACCACUUCAUAAUGCUUAAGGGCCAUAUGAACAUCUACUAUAACCAUGAGGAAUGGGUAGAUGAAAUACAGAAAUCACAGUAAAUGCAAAUGGAGAAAUUCAUGGAGGGACAAUUACACCUAGUGUCUGUACUACCUCCAUUAUCCAAAGUGGUAUAGCUCUAAUAAUCAGUUGCUGGGAAUCUCAAGUGGAAAAGAGUGCUGUUGCACUGGGCUCCUGCUCUAAUCUUUCUUGGGGGGCAUUUUGACUUCAUUUUAAUGAUCUCUGAAGUUGAAUAAUAAACUUCAAAAUAACAGAAUGUUUGGUAUAGUGAGUGAGAGAUUGGUUGAGGGCCCUCGCAUCCUGUCUACUCAGAUUUGCUGUGCCCUUCAGGGUGAGGGUUACUUGUUUUCUUAAACAAAAACAAAUAAAUGUGUGGUUUAUCUAAAAUCUGUAGGAUUCUUUUAAUGAUGUGCUGCAUAAAAGCUGGACAUGAAGUACUGAAGUUAUUUGCCAUAACAGGCAAAUAGGUUUUCCUCCCUUGCAUUUUUGCUUCUUAAAGGUGUGAGUGAAUCUUCUAAAAAAAGCUUUCCGGUCUUUCUGUUGGCCCAAAGCGCCAGUGGUAGAAUUUGAUUACUUUGAAUUUAUAUGAUCUCAUGGUUAUAUGAACAAAAUUAAGCUGCAAUUAACCUUCAUGAGAGCAUUUACACUCCAUCUAAUUUGUCAUUAAUGUGAUGUAUGUAAAUAUUAUGGAGGUUAAUGUAGCUGUGUAAUGAAUGGUUUCUGCAUUGUUAAAUCUUCAGUGCCACCCACAGACGCUGAUGAUAUUUAUAUCAGCCAUAGCAAUUCUCAAGAGUUUCCAAAGACCAUUUAGUUAACCAAAACUAAACAGUUAAAUGCCUUGAGCAGAAUCAUGAAGCAAAAGAAAAUUCUAGUGGGAAAUCUUUUAUUCUUUGUACAGUGUAAGUGUGCUGAAGUCCUUUAACUCUCUCCUACUUGAGGCAGAUCUUCCCAUGUAUUUAUUUUCAAGUAUUUAUUUAUUUUUUAAAAACAAGAAAAUCAUGUUGAAUGCUGCCUUUUUCUUUCUACAAAUCUUGAGAUAUUACUAGGAACUAUUCCUAGUAAUGGUGAAGCAGCCGCCAGCAGGAUUGAGCCUUGCCCUCCCCCAUUAGCCCACGAUUCAAGCUUCCCUACCCUAGUCUAGAGCAGGGGUAGGCAACCUAAGGCCCGGGGGCCAGAUGCGGCCCAAUCGCCUUCUCAGUCCGGCCCCGCGGAUGGUCCGGGAAUCAGCGUGCUUUUACAUGAGUAGAAUGUGUACUUCUAUUUAAAAUGCAUCUCUGGGUUGUUUGUGGGGCAUAGGAAUUCGUUCAUUUUGCCCCCCAAAAUAUAAUCCGGCCUACCACAUGGUCUGAGGGAUGGUGGACCGGCCCACGUUUGAAAAAGGUUGCUGACCCCCUGGUCUAGAGCAUUAUUCAAAAAUAAAGAACUAGAGAGAUCUGCAACAAAGUGCUGCUGUGCAUACCUAGGAAUGUUCCUUUUCAGGGCUCCAGCUAGCAUAGAAUGAGGAGUCUUGUGACACAGUGUGGGUUUGUGAAUGAUAGGUAAAGAGACUCCUCCCCAACUCUUCUCUUUCCAGCCCUCCUAAAAACCACCUCCACAGUGUGCAUAAUGCCAAAGGGCUCAGAUUUAAAGCUGUCUGCCUGGCCCAAACCUGAGUCCACUUUGUUGUUUUACACAGGGAGGGGAGCUCUGGAGAAUGAGAGAGGAAAAUGCUGCUGCCCCACACCAGCUGUCAUUUAUGACAUCUGGUGUAGGGCAGGUGAGUGUGGCUUGGCCAAAUGGCAGGCCUAAUUAGGCCUGUGGGCGAGGUAUCUCCCACUGCUGCCCUACCCCAUCCAAUGCACUAUAAACUGUUAGAAGCUCAAGCCAGCCCAUUCCUUCCUCCUCCAUUGUUCUUUUGUUUAUUUCCAGCUGAUACCCUCAACCUUUCGGGGCUCAACUGCUGUUUUGAGGCUAGGGAUUUUUCAUGAGCAGGUGGUAACAUUUUGCUCUAACUGGCAAACUACUGUAUGACAGAAUGCAGAAACCCCACAACAUUGUCCAGGGCAGGGGGCUCAUUUCACUUCAAAAUGGUUAGGCAUUAGACCACCCACUCUCUGCAUUGAAGGAGAUCCUGAUUCCUAAAUUUGGAACACAGGGAGAAAGAAAGUAAGUGUAUUACACAUGGCGUUGUUAGACACUGCAGAAUUCAAUAGCCAAGUAAACACAUUUAGACUGCAGACCUCUAGGCCCCUCUCAUCUCUUAAUUUUGUUUACUAGGUGUAUUUUUGUAGUAUUUCAUCCAUAUAUUUUGUCUUCUUCCAUAGGGACAUACCAGUAGAUUUCAAAUACAUAGCAGAACCCAGUAUGCACUCAAUGCCAGCAGUGACUUUGUCUCCAAAUGGUAAGCCAACGUAUCUUCUUAGGCCUCUCAUAGAAUAAUUUAUUGCUUUAGAAUUUAGCUCUUGAGGCUCCAUAUUUAUGGCAGAAUACAAAUCCAUGUUAAGUCCUAUUACAACCAAAAUAAUUCAUAAUUGCAUGUCUCAGAUUGUGUGUCUUUGUAGAAUGCAAAAUUGGGGCUUUCUUUUUUUAAAUAUACUAUGGAUAUCAGAUGUAGAAAUCUAAGUGCAUGAAUUUAUUUUAAGAAUGACAUUUAACAUUCAUGUUUUUUACUCUUAACAGGGAAGUGGCUGGCUUGUCAAUCGAUGGACAACCAGAUUUUGAUUUUUGGAGCUCAAAACAGAUUCAGGCUAAAUAAAAAGAAAAUAUUCAAGGGCCAUAUGGUGGCUGGGUAUGCUUGCCAAGUAGAUUUUUCACCUGACAUGAGGUAUGUUUCAUUAUAGUUCAUCUGGCUAUUAUGGGAUAUCAUUCCCCAUUUUGAUUUUCAGACUUUUUCCCCAUGGUCUGAUUUUGGACUCUAAAGUGAUUUAAAAGAUGUUUUUAAACUGUCAAAGGAGUCCUCAUAUGUGUAUAGUCUGUAACAAUGAUUCUGGAUUAGGGAGGAGGAAGAGUGUCCAGGUUCCUCCAUCCAGUAGUCAAGGCUGCACAUGUGGUGCCCAAUACUAGCAGUGCUGAGCCUAUGUUUUGGUACCAUUCGUUUUUGACAGAAUCUUGGGGGAGGGGAGGAAUUGGGGGUUGUCUUCCCCUUCCUUGUCAUAUGAUGGGGGCAGCAUGAGGAGAAAUUGGUUUAACUAUUUUAACCCUUUUGAGCAGCUGAUUUGCAUGGUGAUACUGACCACAGCGGCAACCAGUUGGGCAACUGAUGCGCACAGCAUCUUGUAAGCAGCCCACUGCUGGGCAGGUAACUUUUGAGGCCAUUGUGAUUAGUGUAAUUCAUCGCAAAAACCCUGCAGUAAAAAGUAAGCAUGGAAAGCAAUUACUAUUUCAUCUGCUUUCUAUGUUAAACCAUAUUUUGGUGUUUUGACAUAACCCUUCAGAAUUUGAUUUCAAUGGAUUGAAGCCAUUUUUAAUUUUUCUUUGAAGCUAUGUUAUAUCAGGUGAUGCAGAUGGAAAACUGAACAUCUGGGACUGGAAGACAACAAAACUAUACAGUCGAUUGAAAGCCCAUGACAAAGUCUGUAUAGGUGCAGUAUGGCACCCACAUGAGACAUCCAAGGUAAUCACGUGUGGAUGGGAUGGUCUUAUUAAGCUGUGGGACUGAAGGCCAUACUGGAGAACUCUAAACUUCUCAUCACUUGGUGAACACCUGAGAUUUUGGAACACCUAUUCUGCAACAAAGAUGACCUAUUCUGCAACAAAGACAUUAGAAUAUAAAGAUGGGUUGCCUCAGGUAUUUCAGUAUUACAGUGCACAUAUACCAUAUGGGGAAUUCAGAAGAUUUCAUCUGAAAUGUUUUCAAUCUCAAACUAUUAUAAGCUGAAAGUGACCAAAUGAAGUGGUCUAAAUGGAAUAUCCUUUGUAAGAUAUUUUAAAAUUAAAUUAAACUGAGGAGAUUUGUGUCUAGCUUUGUGUUCAUGAAGCUGAAGUAUACACUUCAUAAGCUUCACUCUAUUCUCGAAAGUGCACAAUUUGGGAGAAAAAAAUGUUUUCAUUUCAGCAUUGUAAGAUGAUGCACCUGUUUAUAAAUACUGUUUGGCAGUACUCUCAAAUUUCCAAAUGUGUGUGUACAGUAUAAUAGAAGUUGUUAGAAUUGUUUUUGUAUUUUAACAGCAGUUGUUGGUCAUGUUGAAAUACACAAAGAUUUUAUAUGUGCAACACGGUUGUUGUUUCUUUGUGAGGGCAAUCCCCUCAAACCCAACAGCCCGGCUUGAAAAUAUGAAGGAAAGCCUAGUGCAGAGACCCAGAUAGGCAGAGGAUGUCUAUCUGUUGCUAUGUUUAGCUCCAAGAUGGGUUCCAUCAAGUCCUGGAUGUUUCUCUUCACCCUUAUCCAUUUUGUGGAGCAGAUGGAUAUAGCUAAUGGGUUAGAUCAGAAAAAUGCUUACGAAAGGUGAUGAGCAUGAGGUACAUUUAAUAGCUCCUCCCCACUACCAAAAGGCCUUUCCUGGAUGUUAGGGCAUGCUGCUGAGUGUGGUGGGCUGUAGCUAAAGCAGAAGUCACCAAAAAUUGGGUGGGGGCACCUUCUUUUUACAGGAGCCCAAUAUUCAGCAAUCCACAUCCUUCCUGUCAGCCUCCAACACCACAACCCAUGCCAUUCACCGAGGGACAGGCUGUUUGUGGUGAGAUGGGAUAGGAAAUACACUUUAUGCUCCCUCACCUCCAGGUAUUUUUCUCAAUCCCAUUAUAUUUGCAGAUGCAUGGAUUUGGAUACAUGCUAAGAAAUUCUUCAUUUUUAUCAUGACUCCUUUUUUAUAAUUAUUAUUGACAAGUCAGGUUUCUAUUCUUACUCAAAUAUUUUCUUUUUAUAAUGAAAAAAAAUCCAAAGAAUAUUAUGUAUAUAUGUAUAUAAGACAGUUAAUGAGUAAUUCAUCAAAUGCUGUUUUAGCAUAGGCCCCAUUCAGCCAGUGGAGCUUGUGCAAUUAGUGAAUUACUGCCUUUGUGGAGAUGCUUCCGAGAGGUAUAACUGAAAGCACAUUGCAGCUUCAUUGCCAUUUGACCACCUAUGUCUUGUAAAAGGGCACUUUAAUAUCUAUUUUUAUUUCAUAGAAUUAUGUGUUUUGUGCUAAACUACUGUACAUAUGUCUCAAUCCUCCUUUUUACAGAUCUUAUUUUUAAUAAAUGUUUUAUAUUAAAAGAUGGAUACCAGCUUAGUGUAACAUCUCUAGCAUUGUCUGCAGGUGGCUGCUGCUUCUUCCUUUCUUUCUUUUUACUCUUUAUUUGAUAUUAAAGUUGUAACUGCCUAGUUUUCUGCAGUGCCAGAGUGUAAAUUUAUCUUUCAUUGAAUUUAUUAUAUUAAAAUAUUGUGGGAGAAUUUCUUUGUGCUGUACAUUUCUACAGUUGAAGGUGUGCAGCAUCUUCAGAAAUCUAGAACCGCUUCACACAUUUCUGGUAACAUGGCAUUUACAGUGGAUGAAGCAUGUAAGAAUACUACAUUAUAGCUACGCAACCACUUUUUUAUUCUAAAUACAUGCAUCAAUAAAUUGCUGCUGCC